GAGCCACCCCCUCCCCAGAGACUGCGCCUGCGCGGGCCCGGGAACUCUGCAUUGCGAUGACCGUGAGUGGUCCAGGAUUCCCCCAACCCCGGCCCGCCGCCCUCCGGGGCCAGCUCUGUGGAGCAGCUGCGGAAGGAAGGCAACGAGCUGUUCAAAUGCGGAGACUACGAGGGCGCCCUGACGGCUUACACCCAGGCCCUGGAUAUGGGCGCGGCGCCCCAGGACCAAGCCGUUCUGCACCGGAACCGGGCCGCCUGCCACCUCAAGCUGGAAGAUUACAGCAAAGCAGAAACAGAGGCAUCCAAAGCCAUUGAAAAGGACGGUGGGGAUGUCAAAGCACUUUACCGGAGGAGCCAAGCCCUAGAGAAGCUGGGCCGCCUUGACCAGGCUGUCCUUGACCUGAAAAGAUGUGUGAGCCUGGAGCCCAAGAACAAAGUUUUCCAGGAGGCCUUGCGGAGCAUUGGGGGCCAGAUUCAGGAGAAGGUGCGAUAUAUGUCCUCGACAGAUGCCAAAGUGGAACAGAUGUUUCAGAUAUUACUGGACCCAGAAGAGAAAGGCACUGAGAAAAAACAAAAGGCUUCUCAGAACCUGGUGGUGCUGGCCCGGGAAGAUGCCGGAGCUGAGAAGAUCUUCCGGAGCAAUGGGGUUCAGCUCCUGCAACGCUUGCUGGAAACAGGGGAGACUGACCUGAUGCUGGCAGCUUUGCGCACUCUAGUUGGCAUUUGCUCUGAGCACCAGUCACGGACAGUGGCAACCCUGAGCGUGCUGGGAACUCGGCGAGUGGUCUCCAUCCUCGGCGUGGACAACCAGACCGUGUCCCUGGCUGCCUGCCACCUGCUGCAGGUUAUGUUUGAUGCCCUCCAGGAAGGUGUCAAGAAAGGCUUCCGAGGGAAAGAGGGUGCUAUCAUCGUGGAUCCCGCCCGGGAGCUGAAGGUCCUCAUCAGCAACCUUUUGGAGCUACUGACUGAGGUGGGAGUCUCAGGCCAAGGCCGAGACAAUGCCCUGACCCUCCUGAUUAAAAUGGUGCCCCGGAAGUCUCCUAAGGACCCCAACAACAGCCUCACCCUCUGGGUUAUUGACCAAGGUCUGAGAAAGAUUCUGGAAGUGGGGGGCUCUGUGCAGGACCCUCCUGGGGAGCUCACGGUGACAGCAAACAGCCGCAUGAGUGCCUCCAUUCUCCUCAGCAAGCUCUUCGAUGACCUGAAGUGUGAUGCUGAGAGGGAGAAUUUCCACCGACUCUGUGAAAACUACAUUAAGAGCUGGUUUGAGGGCCAAGGGCUGGCCGGGAAGCUGCGGGCCAUCCAGACGGUGUCCUGCCUCCUGCAGGGCCCGAGCGAGGCUGGCAACCGGGCCCUGGAGCUGAGUGGUGUCAUGGAGAGCGUGAUUGCCCUGUGUGCCUCUGAGCAGGAGGAAGAGCAGCUGGUGGCCGUGGAGGCCCUGAUCCAUGCGGCAGGCAAGGCCAAACGGGCCUCCUUCAUCACUGCCAAUGGCGUCUCGCUGCUGAAGGACCUGUACAAGCACAGCGAGAAGGACAGCAUCCGCAUCCGGGCCCUGGUGGGACUUUGUAAGCUCGGCUCGGCUGGAGGGACUGACUUUAGCAUGAAGCAGUUUGCUGAAGGCUCCACCCUCAAACUGGCCAAGCAGUGUCGAAAGUGGCUGUGCAAUGACCAGAUCGAUGCAGGCACUCGGCGCUGGGCCGUGGAGGGCCUGGCUUACCUCACCUUCGAUGCUGACGUGAAGGAAGAGUUUGUGGAGGAUGCAGCUGCUCUGAAGGCUCUGUUCCAGCUCGGCAGGUCUGAGGAGCGGUCGGUGCUCUUUGCGGUGGCCUCGGCACUGGUGAACUGCACCAACAGCUAUGACUAUGAGGAGCCUGACCCCAAGAUGGUGGAACUGGCCAAGUACGCCAAGCAGCAUGUGCCCGAGCAGCACCCCAAGGACAAGCCGAGUUUUGUGCGGGCUCGGGUGAAGAAGCUGCUGGCGGCGGGUGUGGUGUCAGCUUUGACUUGCAUGGUGAAAACUGAGAGCCCAGUGCUGACCAAUUCCUGCAGAGAGCUGCUCUCCAGAGUCUUCCUGGCUUUGGUGGAAGAGAUGGAGGACCGGGGCACCGUGGUUGCUCAGGGUGGGGGCAAGGCUCUGCUCCCACUGGCCCUGGAAGGCACAGACGUGGGGCAGACAAAGGCCGCCCAGGCCCUUGCCAAGCUCACCAUCACCUCCAACCCGGAAAUGACCUUUCCUGGCGAGCGGAUCUACGAGGUGGUCCGGCCCCUUGUCUCCCUGUUGCACCUCAACUGUUCAGGUCUGCAGAACUUUGAGGCACUCAUGGCCCUAACGAACCUGGCAGGUAUAAGCGAGAGGCUCCGGCAGAAGAUUCUGAAGGAGAAGGCUGUGCCCAUGAUCGAGGGCUACAUGUUUGAGGAGCAUGAGAUGAUCCGCCGGGCAGCCACGGAGUGCAUGUGUAAUUUGGCUAUGAGCACAGAGGUGCAGGACCUGUUUGAAGCCACGGGCAAUGACCGGCUGAAGCUGCUCGUGCUGUACAGCGGAGAGGACGAUGAACUGCUGCGGCGAGCGGCCGCUGGGGGCCUGGCCAUGCUUACCUCCAUUCGGCCCUCACUCUGCAGCCGCAUCCCCCAAGUGACCACACACUGGCUGGAGAUUCUGCAGGCCCUGCUUCUGAGCCCCAACCCAGAGCUUCAGCACCGGGGCGCAGUGGUGGUGCUGAACAUGAUGGAGGCCUCGAGGGAGAUUGCCCUCACCCUGAUGGAGAGUGAGGUGCUGGAGAUCCUGUCAGUGCUGGCGAAGGGAGAGGCGAGCCCCAUCAGAAAUGUGGUUGCAGCUUGCCUGGGGAAAGCAGUGGAAUACGGGCUUAUCAAACCCAACCAGGAUGGAGAGUGAAGGGCUGCCUCUGGGCGCAAGGCUCAUGCACUUUCCCUGCUACAGCAUGGGGAGCAAGGCCAGCAGAGCUUGAGUUUGGGGGGGCUUAGGAUGCUGAACACUCUCACCACUCUUCCCCAGCUGCUCCUUGCUGUCCUCUGCUCGGAGCCAGGGGCACACAUUCAGUCACACCGCACUGCUCUGCCAGCCUCCAUCUUCACCCAGUGGGGCACUUUUCCUGUACUGCUGUAGAUAGCUGGGAUUGGAGCAGGUGCAUUUAGACUCGGCCUGUGGACUCUCCAGCAUCAGGAAGGGCACAUCAAGCAGACUCACCAGCUAGGAGCAUCAUCUAGGCCUGCUCAGCAGGGCUGCCCCUACCCUUUAAUAAAAGUGUGUAGAACUCAAA